UAAAGAAUGAAAUGCUUUAACAAAUCGGGUAAUCCCGUUCACACAGUAUUCUUUAUUUGAUACUAGACAUAUGUUACCCGCGACCCGCGGGUCUUUAUUUGCGCAUUACUGUCGAUAUAGUCACUGAGAGUGUUUUGUAAACAAUUAAACGAAAUAAUAAUGUAAUAAGUAAAGCAAAUGUGUCAAUGUAAAAAUAGCUAAUAGGCUUAAAUCCAAUUUUUUUUUAAAUUAAAACAUUUGCUUUUGAAUAAUCUAGUGGAUUGGAUUUAGAUGUAUGUUAAACGUAGCUAAUGAUCCUUUCACGUUAUUUCUCUUUCGCUACGAAAAUAAAAUUAGUUUUGCGAAAAUGGUUUACCCGAAGUCGAUACAUUCUUAUCUAUUAAAAACGAAAAGAGCGAUAGCUUUGUUAAAUAAAUGGGAUUAUAAAGUGAACAAUUAAACGAAAUAAUUUUUAGUACGCGAUUCAUGAAUGAAUAUAGAUCUAGGCCUAUCUCAACUCGGCUUCGCAGCUUUCAUAGACGAAUGUAGCUUUAGAAAACCAAAUUUGAAUGUUUAUUUGAUCAAAAUAUGAAAUGAAUGGACUUUAAUUAAUAUGUUUAUGUGUUAAAGUAUAAGACUAUCUGUGCGAAGAGAAGUUUUAUCAUCUUAGUGUUGAAUUAGAGUUUUAGAUCUAGGGAUGGGAUUAUAAAGUAACAAUAAAACGAAAUAAUUUUUAGUACGCGAUUCAUGAAUGAAUAUAGAUCUAGGCCUUUAACUCGGCUUCGCAGCUUUCGUAAACGAAUGUAGCUUUAGAAAACCAAAUUUGAAUGUUUAUUUGAUCAAAAUAUGAAAUGAAUGGACUUUAAUUAAUAUGUUUAUGUGUUAAAGUAUAAAACUAUCUGUGCGAAGAGAAGUUUUAUCAUCUUAGAGUUGAAUUAGAGUUUUAGAUCUAGGGAUGGGAUUAUAAAGUAAACAAUUAAACGAAUUAAUUUUUAGUACGCGAUUCAUUACGGAAUUGUCUAAUGAAAGAAUGUUCGUCAGGAAAUCUGUAAUCACAGAUAUAAGGAACUAAUUAAUGUAAAAAAAUGCUUUUGAAACACAAAAUUGAAGGUUAAUUUUAUUAUAUAAUGAAAUCAAUGGAUCUUCUUUUGUCUUUUCAUGUGUCAAAGUAAAAAACUAUCUGCGCAAAGUGUAUUUCUUAAAAUUAGAUCUAGGUCUAAAUCCUUUCUAUCUUUUCUCAUGUCAACAUUGUAGACAUGGCCUAGAUCCAUAAAAUACUAUAGCUGUAAUAGAGUCGGACAACUUUAUUUUUUUUUGAGGGUCUUACAUUUGUUUUAUGGCUACAAUACAUUCACUAAGGUCUAAGUUGGUACCCAAGGAACAUUCCUGCCUAGUUUUAUCAAGAUUGGUCAAGCGGUUUUGAUGUCUAUAAGUAACAUACAUACAUACAUACAUACCCCUCACAUUCUACUUUAUAAUAUAGAUGAAUAUGUCGGCUGAACGAAUAAACCUAUAUUCAAACUCUACUUUUACUUUCGUGGCUAAAUAAAAAAAAAGGGAAGGGAACAUUCUCCAUGUUCGACACAGAUUUAAAUUCAAUCCUGUAGAUCAGUAAUACCCAGACUAGGGCCCGCAGGCCGUAUAUCCGGCUAGUCCAAGAUAAAACUUUGAUUCUCCCGUCGUGUACAUCCUCUCGCCAGGAGAUAGCCAGGGGCAGAGCCUUCUUUGAAAUUCAAGUAUCUGGUGAAGAUCUCUGGACACUACCAAACGCUAACCAACCGUGGGCAACGCCGGUGGCGAUCAACGGUCAUCUUCAAAAUCUUCAGUUACUAACACCUUAAGUGGUUUCUUUCCCGCAGUAGUAGGUCGUGACCUUAAAGAAACACCUUCCUGAGACCUUCCACGACCUUUCUCACCCCGCUCCACUUGUGUUUUUUUUAAAGUUGAUAUUGAAAGUUUAUGACCAAGUUUUGAAAGUUGGCUCACUCAGACACUGUAAUGGGAGAUCAGUCAUGUCAACUCAUAUGAGUCAUUAAUUGAACUGACACUGGAAUGUCAGAGUUAGUUCCCUUCAAUAAGGAAACAGCGGAUGGCAUUUAGCUGGCAGUAAAAAAAAAAAAAAAAAGAAAUUUUUAUGGAAACACGAUUUUGUCAUAUAUUUAUGAUUGAUUCAUUUUAAUUAUACAUUUUCUGUUUUUAAGAAAAUGUUAAUCUCUUCUUUAUAAUUUAAUGAAUCAUUUUUUUUUAAAUUGAAUGGUUUAAUAAAUGGGAGUCAAUAUUUCGAAUAAGUACAGUAGAGCAAAACAGUAAAAAAAAAUUUAGUAUUUAUUAUAUCCUGUUAACAAAGUUUGGAUGCAAUAUUAAAUUAACUAAUACAUAUAUAGUGUAUAAUUUAUUUUGGUUUUAUAUCUUAUCUAAAUCAAAGACAUGAUCAAAAGAAAAAAAAAGAACUUCUCACACUUAUCUUAUAUAACGUUACUUCAAAAGAAAAGAUAACUAAGACUAAGACCAAGACUGCUUUAUUGAUCCCCACGGAAAUUUGUUACGAUUACAAGGACUCUUUUCUCAUAUAAAGACAACACAACAGAAAAAUACACAUAAAUACAACAGACACCACAUAAAGAGUUCAUUCAGCGACUACACACAGGUAUCUUGGUGCAUUUCAUGUUCCCUGAUCAAUGAAUGGCGGUGAUAGAGUCUGACCGAGUGAGGUACGAACGAGUUUUUGUAACGUUCCGUUCUUGUUUUGAUUGACAGCAGUCGCCCACUUCGACCUGACGUAGUUCUGAUGGAGCGGGUGGCCGUUGUCUUCCAAGAUUUUUUCGAUUUUUUUUUAGGCACUUUUGUUCAAAAAGUUCCUUUACGUCUAAGUGUUUACUAAACGUCAAAAGUUCAAUGUCUUUGGUUUUCCUGAUUCAUUCAGACAACUCGUUCCAUGCUUUAUUGGAACUAGGGAAAAUGACGUAAUGCUAUAUAAUUUAAAUAAAGAAAUAUAAAAUAAUGAAUUUCCUUGAAUUUAUUUUUCUUAGUCUAUUCGGGAAAACAUAACAUUUCAGAAUAUAUCCACACAAAGUAUUACAAGAAGGAGGAAUUCCUAAAAGAUGUCUCUGUCGUAUGUGUGUGUGUGACAAGGGGCCGCCCUUAAAUAAUUGGAGGUCCUAGGCGAAGUGAACUUGUUGGCCCCAAAUGAGAUAGAAGAAUUUUUUUAAAAAAGCAGCGAAAAAAAUAAAAUUACACAAUUUAUUAAAAAUUCAGUGUACUCCAACAAUAUAAUUGGGCACAAGUUUCGUUAUUUCUUCUCUAAAAAAUUUUUAGAGUCCUGUGCAAGGCCCUCACCCAUCGGAUGCCUAGUUUCUCUAUGCCUAAGGCUGGGCCUAGGGUGGCAUCGGGUUCAUAUUUGUUAAUGUGCAUAAUCGUUUUUUCAUUAGGUUGACUGUUAGAGUAGAACCUAUGUUUCAGAAACAAAGAUAGAUUAGGCUACCGUAAAGUGAAUAAGAUAUCUCAUUGUAAAGCAGACUUACAUAAAUACAUUUAUUACUAUAAGAUGACUCAUCACCGUAAUUUGAAUCAAUGAUAAGUUAUCAGUCUAUGAAAUUACAUGUCCUAUAUGCUAUAAGUCCGAUGUAACAUAGCUUCACUUCUCUCUGGACUACUGAUAACUGACUGAAUACCAACAAAUGUUCCUUUGUUCAAUAAAUAUAUACAAUUAUUAUGCUUCUUUUUUUUUUGUCGCUAUACGUAAAAAAAUAUGUAAAAUGGCAUCACUGAUACUCCAUAGAUGUCGCCUAACGCAUGCGCAAGUUUGUAUCCUAGGAGGGGAAAAAAAAAAGCCUCUCUCUCUGUUCGCACGUGCAUCGUGGUUUUCUUACGUUCAGCGUGAGGUCGUAACGUGGAGGGAGGGGGGGGGGAGAGAAAGAGCGAUGAGAGGGAAGGGAUGGAGAGAAAGAAGUAGCUGAUGAAACUGGCUUAUCGAACGGUUGUGUACGGAAAGCGGAGACCCGUUUGGUUCGUUUAUAGUGUGUGUGGACCGGCUUGCAGAUUGCUGUUUCGUUUCUCUAGGCUGAAAACUGGUGGGCCUUAAGGCCUUACUAUAUUACUUGUGUUUUGAGUUGUUGUUUUUUAAAUUAUCAUUUCUAGCUCGUGUAGGAAGAUAAGGAUUAUACAACAUUGGAGAAGGACUGGCACAUUUAUCCGAGUGCGUCUUGGUCUCCAUAUUGGAUUGGAUACGCAGUGUUGGAAGCAAGAGUGACAUCUGCCCGGAAGUGAUCUGCAUGAAGUCAUGACGUGGAGCCAAGGCCAGCCAAUCAUCUUGAUCCUUUUUUUUACAUACGUCAAAGUUAUUUAUAAUCUGGCAUGAUCUCAGUAGCACAUCAGCAGGGAACAGCGUAACUAAUGGAAUUACCAAUAAUUAGAGUACUAUGGAAAUUCCCGUUAUUCAUGAAACAACGCGAUUGAAAUCUGGCGCCCCGAUCAGCGCCCCGGUACUUGUCUCUUCGACAAGUAACCACUUCUUGCAUACGGUCGGAAGUGGCAAGUCCAUAGCUGCGCAGCUUUCUGUACCUGAAGGUAGCGGUCUGCUGGAUAUGCACAGGGAGGAGCUGAUAGUGACAACCUCUUUGAAACCAAAGACACCCGCCAAGCCCAGUUUCCGGAAAGGAGGCGAAGACGAAUCCUCGAAAUCCACGCAGAAAGGUCUUCACGCUCGUCUUCCCAGUGCUGACAGCGGGAUUCAAGCCGAUGGUGGCUGCGAUUCCCUGUCUCGCUACCGCGGCAAAUCGUUUCUCUCUGCUAGCGACAAAAACGAUUUCCUGGUCGCAGAAGAAGGGGUUUCUUCUUCUCCAGGCAAGUCCAAAAGCAAUACAAGCGGUGCCAGCGGCGGCUACGGCGGAGGUCAGCCGCAGCAAAAGUUACCGCUGGUUUCGCGUGUUGUCACCUUACCCUCAAAGUCUUUCUUCACCACGUCUGCCGCCGCCACGCCGGCAACGUCAUCCCGUACUUCCAAAGGGGUGACUCCAACCCCCGCUGCCAGGACGCCUGUUCCGGCGGCCAGAACGUCUGUCACGUCUCAGAAUGUCACACUAACCUCUUCGCAUAAUGCGCCUAAAUCCAGUGAACAAAAAAAUGGACUUCAUGUAUCUUCCAGAAACCUUCCCGCCAAAGACGCCUUAGAACGCUCCGACUCUUCCGAGAGCCAACACAACGCAUCUAUAUCUAAUCAAAAUUCAAACUCGCCUUCUAAAUCAACAUCCAAUAGAAAAUCGGAUAGCAACGUGUCAACCAACCAAAACGCAGAUACCUUCAACCAAUCCAAUCACAUACAAUCAACCAGCGAACAAAACGUAAUUAAUAUCACACCAAAUGUCAAGGUCAUGUCAAACCAAGGCGUGAAGAUAGCCAUCAGCAAAAACACUGUUAACAUAGCAACGGCGAAAACCCCAUCAAUCUCAGGGAAUAGCGAAAUGGUUCGUACAACGGGAGGGUCCACCCAGCCCACACUCAAAUUUCAUGUGGUCAACUCAGCACGUCCGAAUCAACCGGACGCAAAUAAAGCUCGCGCCCCGGGCUCUAUAGCUUUAACGCGACCUUUACGGCUGGGGGCGCCCUCAGCGCCCAACUCUCGGCCUCAGACAACUGUAAAUAUAAACACUCAGCAACCAGCUGCUCCCUCAGCCAGGGGCCAACCGCCCCCGUUACCCUCACAACCACCUAAAGUAACCACAAAUUCUAGCAUGCGCGCAAAACCAAAAAUCGCUCCACGACCCUCCAUAGCACCAAAGCCAAGUCCUCAAAGUAGUCCUUCUAGAAAGUCUUCUAGUGAAGCAACAACGUCUACUGAAGUCGGUAUAUCUUCGAACACAUCACAUAGUAACAAUAACGAGUCGACAGUCGUAACGGAAAUACCAGUUUCAUAUCGGCCAGCACUCUCUGGUUCUCAGCCUAGCAGAGUGGUGGAAAUUCCCGUAAAACACAUAGAGUCAGCCCCACGUGCCUCUGCGGUAAACUUAUCAAAGCCUCUAUCGCUGGGAGCGCCGUUUCCUCGUCUCACGCCCGAGCGGCAGCUCCACUCCAGACAGUCACUUUACGAGAGGAUAGCCUCGGAGAAGGAGAGGCUAAACAAAUAUCCCAUAUACGAAAACGUGUUGAACAUUAAAGACGGUUUCAGCUUCGAAGACCCCAGCUCUAGGAUGAAGCAGGCUGAGCUGAUUCUGAAGCAGUCGGAUGAGCUUAUCAACGAUGCGCUCAGGAUGCUUAGCCAUUCGCCCUCUCCGCUGCUUCUUUCCCCCAAGCCUGUCAAACGGAACGGCUUUUCCUCGGACCUCCGAAAUUCCCCAGAAGGAGAGCGCAUCGUGGAGGGCUCCGACGCCUCCACGGUGGAGCGGGAGCACCGGGUGCCCAUUUUCGACGUGCAGAGCGGCAAGACUUACGGAGGACCUCGAGCGGUGACGCCCUUGUCGUCGUCGUCUUCGUCACCAGUGGAUAACGCCCACGUGAUCAACACGAGCGCAGAAAAGGUCAAGGACGUGGUGUGGAACGAAAGGAAGAGCCGAAUAGAUGCCGCGCUUUCUUGGCUGAAGACUGAACUGGCCACUCUACGUGAGAUGGACAAUACGCUCAUCUCUCACUUCAAGAAAUGCCAGGAGACCAUUGACGCACUCAAGACACAGCGGGACGUCUGGGAAGGGCUGUCUGAGGAGGGGGAGGACGGAGACUACUGGGACGACUUCGAAAUUUGUGAAUUCAACAAGAAAUAUUUAGACAGUCCAGGAGGUUCAGAGUCCAGUCAGUUGUCUCCCAUGCAAGAGGUCUCUUUACCAGUUCCUCAGCUGCAUCUGCCUCACUCCAGUCCAGGUCAUGGUGGCCCAUCAUCAAACAGACGUGGCAGUGUGACACAAGAUGUAGAAGCAACUUUAUAACAUCAGUUCAAUAGAUUCUUAGUUAUUGUUAAUUAAGGGAAAAAGGUUACGCUGGGAAUGUAUUAGGCUUGUAUCUUGAGAUUAACAAGAAUAUUUUACAGUUUUGAAAGAGUGAAAAAGAUGUAUAUCCUUUCCCAACUAUUUUCACUUUAAAUAUUGCAUGGUGAUGUCAUGUGGUGAAUGAUGGCGCAUGCUGAUGUUAAGUGGUAAAUGAUGGUGCAUGGUGAUGCCUGUGAUUGCAUUUACAGUGGUCUCUGAAAUCCUACAACAGCAUUAUUACAAAUUGUCAUUAGCUUGGCUACACAAUGGCUCUGUCAAACCUACAUUGAAAUGCUUUUAAAACAAGUUGAUUAGAAAAGAAAAUAUUUGUGUUUUUAGUCAUGGCUUUAUACAGCGAAACAAAACAUUGCAUCUUGCAAUAAAACUAUUUCUUUUUUCAAAGCUUGAAUCUAAGUGAGAUAAUACAUCCUUUUAUCUGCAUUUCAAAAAGCUUUUACAUCUAGUAUGGAAUCAAGAUCAUUGGAAUGCAUAUAUAUUUGGUUGGCUUAAUUCAAAUUCUGUUCAUUGUUAGUUUUUUCCUUCUUUGUAGGCCUACUUGUGGUAAAAAAAAAAGUAUUUGGGUUUAAAAGUCAGAUUAUGCUGGUUCCUGAUUAUUCAAAUGGUUCCUGAUAAUUCUAAUAAAAUACCACCAAUUACAAUAAAGCCAGCAAACUCCAAAAAUAGUACUGCUACUAUCCAUGAAUUCCUAUCAUCACAUUUUGUUUGAGUCCUGAUCUAGUCUGGGUGGGUUUGCCCUAGUGAUUAAGACUAAGACUGCUGAUCCUUAUGGAAAUUUGUUGUGAUUACAAGGCAUCUUUUCUCAUACACUGUGUUGUAAUCACUAUCAAUUGUAUAUCACAAAUUUUCAACUUCUAAUAAGAAUAGCUAUUUCUAGCAAUUUAACUAAAAAUGAAAAUGUUUUGCUGCAAAACAAAAAAAAACUCUGCUCAAAAAGCUCUUUAAGAGAAAUAUGGUAUUUUUGUUAAUAAUUUUUCAGAUAUAUUUCAGAACAGUGAUUGAACAUCAAAUAUGUAAUGAGGGAAAUUCUUUUGUAGGUUAUCCUUAUUAUUUAUUUAUUUCUUUUGUUGAAAUUUAAAGUCUCUCCCUGUUUCUUAGCACUUUGAAUUAAGCAAAUUUAUUUGUAGGCCUACUGCGACCUACUAAUUUGUGCCUCUGGGUCUUUGAAUUAAUAGUUUAGUUCCUUAUUUCUAUUAACUUAUUUGGACAAAAGAUUGCAAUGUUCUCUCCUGUGCUGUUGAAAACAUGCUGAAAAACAUGCAUAAGGAAAAUGGCUAGCACAAAAUGGAAAUUUGUAGAAUAUAUGUGUUAAACUAACAAAUAAGCAAAGAUAAAAUAUGUUGAAAUGUUUUGUCAAAAAGAUACUUUUAUAAUGUAAAAAAAUGUUGAUGAUUUUUUUACCAUAGAAGUUCAGAUUUCAUAUAAUGUUAGAAAUAAAAAGGAAAUUUUUUUUUUUUUUUUUGCUAAAUGUUGGCAACUGUUGUUUAUUUCUUUGUUGUCAUUAUAUCAUCUAGAAAGUUUUUGCUUUACAAAUUCAACUUUCUACAAGUUUUCUAUGUACAAAAUUUCUACAAAACAUGAUCUAACUACAACUAUUACUUUAAUGUCAGACUUCUGGUCUGGAUAAAUAAAAAGUUGAAAUAGUUUUACAUAGAUUUACAUAUCUACUGAAUUUAAUCGCAUUUAUGUAUGAAACAUUUAACAUCAUGGUCACCCAUUUUAAACUUGCCUAUAUAUAAGACAAUUUUUUGUCAAAUUAUUUUUUUUUCAAAUUGUUUUUUAUUAGCUGGUAAAUAUUAUGUUUUUGUGCAUAAUAUCUUUUUUAUUUAAAUUUUCUUUUGCUGUUUCAUACAAUUCAUUAAUUUAAAGAGUCUGUAUAUGAAUGUAAUAAUACUGUAAAUAUGUUUUAAAAAUAUUAUCUGCAUUGGAAAAAAGUUAAGCUUUAUUGAACUAUCUUGUCUCUAUUGGUAAGAAUCAACUUUUAUAGUUAUUUAUUUCAAAGAUGCAAUAGGUUCAAUAGCUAACAUAUUUUUCAAAGUAUUGCUUUCAAUAUGUAUAAGCCUAUUUAUUGAACACUAAUUAACAAAAAGGAUUGCUGCCUGGUUUGCACUCUGGACUGUUGUCUCAACGGUUUCAGGUUUAAACUCUGCUGAGAGGUUUGGGCUACGAUGUAUUAAUUUUCAGUUCUGAAGGGACAUCCUAAACAUAUAAAUCAAACAAGCAAGGAUAAUUUUCUGGAGAUAGCAACAGCCUACAUUUUAAAAAUGUCCAACAGACAUGUUGUUGUUGCUCGUCGUUGAUUUGUAACUCCAGCCAGCUAGUACAACUAAAUCAAUGUAGGCGUAUCAAUAGAAUUCUUUUUAAACAAACAUAAAUAUAACUUUUAUUUAUAGAUAUACAUAAACUUGAAAGUAGAUUUAUGGGGGAAAAAAGUGAAAUAACUAAAACAAUAUAUAAAUCACUACAAAAACAUGUCUUUACAUCUCCUGUCUCUCAUUUAGUCUUCUGUUCAAUUUUUACACCUGUCCUUUUAUUCACAUUCAUUAUGCCAUUUCUCCAACCUACACAACCAAACAUCUGCUCCCCUUUCCUCUGAUGACAGCAAUAACUCGUACAUACACUCCAUAACACAUGUGGCUCAGUAAAAGGUUACCGAAGUUUCAAGAAUAAAGGAAAAAACAUUUGAGGGACUGGUCAAAACCAAAAACCCCAUUUAUUUCAAUUUUAGUUCUUGAAAAAAAUGUCCAAAAAUAUUUUUUAAAUAUCAAAUUUAAUAAUUUUUUUUAUUAUUAAAAUGUAACAUGUUGUCUUAUGUCCAUGAAAGUUUGUCCAAUUUUGUGUUUCUCAUCCUCUAUUCAAUUUACUAUUCUCAUUUAAAUGGAGAGCUCCUCAUCCAAAAUGUAAAUAUUUUAAUGAAAUGAAAAUGUUAAAACUCUUUAUACCAAGCUCUUGUAACUAAUAACUUAAAAUGCAAUGAAGCUUAAAAGACUUUAAUGACCAGAACCCUAAACAAUAAAACUCUUAACAAAUUGGAUUAUCUAUAACUAAAAGUUUAUAUUCUCAAAAGAAAUGUAGUGGUUAUCAGAAAGGUUUUAGUCUCUACAGUGGCUACUGCUUUUUAAAUACUUUUGUGAUAACUGUAAUACCCGGUUGAAAUGGUCAACAUAAAGGGAUUCAAGAGAUUUGUUUAUAACUAAUAUUUACUCAAUAUAAAGAAUAGAAAUUUCUGAUAAGAUAAAAAAAAAAGUUAAGUAAAUGUUGAUGAUAUUGUAGUUUCUUAGUGUUAUAGGUAAUGUUUGUAUAUGUGUAUCAAAUCAGUGUAUAAAUAUUUUAUUUAAUUAUUGACAUCGUUAUUUCAUUUUAAUUGAUCACAAAAAUGAGCACAUGGUUAAUUAUUACUAUUUUCUCUUUUCUCAUUUUUGUAGGUCAAAUCAUCCUCAAAGCUAUUUUCAUCUUUUCAACAAAGUUCUCUAUAUAAACCUAGUUCUCUUUUUUUUUUUUAAGGAUAGAAUUAGUUGUUUUUUUCUAAUUUGUAAACAUUAAAAAUGUAAGCACUUAAAAAUUUGUGCACAAAAUGUUUAUAUCCCCUGUAAUAAAUAACACACACGAUGCUUAAGUGGAAAUUAAUAAACCCAGUUGCUUGUCAGUGUAUUCAAGAAAUCAUUUUUAAGAACUUGAAUGUAUUUGUUAGCUAUUUAAUAUGUCCACCUAUUACUUUUGAUUUAAAACAUUUCUAAAAUUUGCCUAACAUUAAUCUCACUGCUUUGAAAUUCAAAAAACUUGAUUUUUACUUCUGAUAUGUUUUCAGGACUUAAUUUUUCAAUUUGUAUAUGUAUAUAUAUAUAUAUAUAUAUAUAUAUAUAUAUAUAUAUAUAUAUAUAUAUAUAUAUAUAUAUAUUAUAUAUAUAUAUAUUACUGAAUAAAAAUAACUGUGUAUGUGCAUUUAAUUUGCUGCAAACUGGUGAAAAUAUACUUAGGUCAGCUUGGUCUUUUUUUGAGUUCCACAUAUUUCUGUGAUUAUAUUUAUUUAUUAAGUUAACAUUGUUUCAAAUCCUUGCUUGCAUUAAGUGUCUUAAAUAUCUGUGGUCAUUGCUGUCAACGAUUAUGUUGCCUUUGCUUAAUUUUGGAUUUUAUGUAACACUAUUAGAUAGCUUUCUUUUUGUUUUUAAAUUAUCUAUAGGUUUAAAGGCUAAAACAAAAUAUUUACAAUAUAAAAUUAGAAUUGAGAGAAAUCUUUUUUUUAGAGCGAUGAUAAAGCUGAAAUUAUGCACAUUAAAAAUAAAAGAAAUAAUGCUUAAUUAAUACAAAAAGAAUAAUAUCUUGAUUGGAUCAAAUAUAAUAAAAUAUUUUGCUGAUGUUGUUUGGCAGAUUAAUAGUUUUUAACAAUUUCAAUUUGCUUGCUUUUGUACCAUAAAAUUAAUUUAUAUCUUUAUUUACAUAUUUCCAAUCAAAAUUUAGAAAGCUCUAAAAAUUUUUAAAACUAUUAAAUUAGCUAAUAUUCUUUGGAAACAAAAAAAGCUUACUUUGAUCCAUUAUCAUCCACUUGUAUUAUUUUGUUUAAAUUUACUGUUAAAGACAUCAAGCUAAAGUAUUAGAAAGGUUUUGUACCUUUGUUUUUUCUUAUCAUUUAUUGUUUUAUGUAAAUAAAAAGAAUAACAAUUGUAUUUAUCUUUAUCUAUUUAAUGAAGCAUAGAAAUCGCAGCUUUAAAAUAAGUAAAAUUUCAAUAAUCACUGGGGUUUCAUAAUUGAAGAUCUCUAGUUAUCAAUAUGAAUGUAAUUUUGAAGUCUAGAUCUUCCUCUUUCUCUCCUAACUGACAAUACCAACAUUGAUUUGACCCCAUUAAAUUAAAUUAAUUAAUUUUUUUUUUAUAAACUUUAAUUUGUUUUAUAUAAAAAGAGCAUGCAUUCUUCUAUAAUUUAUACCUAAUAUAACAUUUCCUGAUUACAUACACAAAAGUUAUUGAAAUUUAAUCAUAACACAGUAAUGAAACACAAAUGAGCCAAAUAAAUAAUUCCAUCGGAAAAAUUAUGGAGAGAAAGAGUUAAUUUCAUUUUUUAAUUAAUUACCAUCUAACAAAUCUAACAAACAAAGUUGAUAAUUGUUAAUGAUUAAAAAUAUUGUUACCUUGAUGUGCAUUUAUUAUCACUGCAAAAACUAUAAACAAUUAUUGAAUCAUAUAUCAAGAUUUAUAUAGGAUUACAAAUCAACUGAAAAGCAAAUUCUAAAUUUGAAUUAUCUUGUUCAGGUUUAAUAAACUUUGUCUAAAACAAUUCAAGAUAUACUAGAAGUGAAUUUAAACAUUCUAUGUAACUACUGUACAGCUGUGAAUGAUCAACUAAUUGUAUUUUUUUGUUUUUGUUUUCUGUAUUUGUGAUGUGAGUUGUUUUGUUUUCUUUUGUUUCUGUAAAUAUUUAGCUAAUUAUUGCUUUAUGUCAUUAAAAUAAUGGCUGGUCAUAAGGAAGACAUAUUAUUUCAUGUGAAUGUUGUGGUGUGAAGUGCAGUUGAAGCUUUGGUUUGUCAAGCAACAAAACUUGGCUUAUAUUGUGAUGUCAGUUAAUUUUGUUUAAUAUUUUUUUGACUAUUCUGUUUGUGAUGAAAAAAAAAGUUUUGUGUGAUUCAGGAAAGAUUUUUUUUAUGAUAUUUAGGUAACAAUAAAUGAAAUAAUGUCUCUAA